ACCACAACACCUACAACCACAACCACAACCACAACACCUACAACCACAACCACAUCACCUACACCUACAACCACAACACAUACACCUACAACCACAACACAUACACCUACGACCACAACACCUACACCUACAACCACAACACAAACACCUACAACCACAACACAAACACCUACAACCACAACACCUACAACCACAACCAUAUCACCUACACCUACAACCACAACACAUACACCUUCAACCACAACACAUACACCUACGACCACAACGCAUACACCUACAACCACAACACAUACACCUACAACCACAACACGUACACCUACAACCACAACACAUACACCUACAACCACAACACAUACAUCUAUAGCCACAACACAUACACCUACAACCACAACACAUACACCUACAACCACAACCGAUCGGAUGGAUAG